GUGAUUGCUUUAUGUUGUAUCUUAUUUUCAUUUAUACUAUUUGAUUUCAGAUGUACCAGUAAAAUUAACCCGUAUACCAGUUAAAGUGUAUGCGAGGAUAUUGCGUGGACUCGGAGAAAAAGAACAUUGGAAGCAAAUGCAUAUUGCCUCUCUUGAAUUUCGUAAACAUCGCGAGAUUUCUGUUUUACAAGAUUUCGCUAAGGGGUUCUGUAUUGAACAGGUUAUAAAAAACAAAAAAUUACAAAGUCAAGAAAAUUUACUUGUUGAGAUCAUGGAGAAUAUGCUUCGAAGUGGAUCGUUGAUUUCGGAAGGUGGUAAAUCCGAAAUUGCUGUUUCAGUUCAAAAUAACCUCUACAUGGUUUUGCACAAGUUAUUCGAUUUUAAUGCGGAUCCUAUAUAUCUAUCAAUGGAAGAUGGCGACACUCCUAUGCAUGCCGCACUGUACAUAGCACUGUACAGAGACAAAGGAAAUAUUUCCAUUCUUGAAAAGUUUUUUGAUAUGGUCAAAAAGGAUCCUGGUCGUUUUCCUGUGUUGAAUCCCAGAGAAUUUAAUUCGCGCGGCGAGAGUUUAUUUCAUGUUCUGGCAAAGGCAAAGCAAAAUGAAAUUUCGCUUAGAGUAACUAGAUUUCUGUGUGAUAAGGGAACUGAAUCGUAUAUAAAAGACAGAGACGGAAGACUUCCGGAGGAGUAUCUCAGGAAUGAUGAUAAUCGUUUGCAGUAUUUUAGAUUGGCAUCUAAACUAUCUAGAUUGGAUGCAAAAGAAAGCACUGCGACAGGAAGCUACUCCAAAGAAAAACACAGAAAAAGACAGAGAAGUGAAAAUUUCGACAUGGAAACUGAAAAUGAAUCUUCUGCACCUAUUGGGAAGCAAAAAUUAAAAGUUGCAAUCGGAGAGAUGAUAGAUAAUUUAAAUGACACUAGUUUGUAUAAUGAAGAAACAAUAAUGAAGAGAAAGAAACAUUCAGAAGAGCAGGAAAAUGGGAAAAGUAAAGAAGAACAAGAAGACAGGGUUGUGUCCGACUCUAUCGAGGAAACUAAAGCAAUAUCAAGUAUUGAGAAGACAGAAUGUGAAGUACAGGAUGAAUAUAUUGAACCUAAUUAUUUUGAAACUCAAGAAUGGGAAUUAGAGUGCACAGUUGAUGUUUGGAAAAAACUGAACUGUCGGAGAACACCACGUUCUUUCAAAAUAGAUAUUAUUCAAAGGCUUAAAAAACUUGCUCGCGGGGAGCUCCUUGGUAGUAUUUGCGAGAAAAUAAAAUUGCAGACUAUAGAUAAAUCAAUAGAGGUAUUCGAAACUGGUCCAAUAUUAUGGGAAAUAGCAAUUUGUUUUUCUCAGAGACUAACUGAAAGUAGUUCUACGUUAAACAACGUCUUGUAUACCGAGUUGAUUAGAAUAUGGGAUAUAUUCACUGAUGAGAAGGGAAAAAGGGAAUCCCUUGAGAAAAUUACAAUCUCUUGUCGAAAAGGCGAAGAAUGUUUAAUCGAGAAAUACUUAACUUGUUCUGAAACUCUUGAUUGUAAAUAUGACAAAGGCAGGAGGAUCCCUCGAAGAUUUAUUCGAUAUAGCUCACAGGAAUCAAAACCAAAUACUACAAAAGAGAAAUUAUUGCUACCAGCAAGUCAUUUUGCCAAAGAAUAUCAUGUUCUAAAGUUCUAUUUCUUUUCGACCGACAUGGCUGUUUGUGCUCUGGACCCUAGGGAAUAUGCAAAAGAUUUCCCAUUCAAAGUUACAGAGAAAGAACAUGUAAUAAUAAAUUUGUCUUCAGCUGGUCCGCUAUUAUUGAUGGGUAGAAGUGGCACAGGGAAAACGACCUGUUGUCUGUAUCGUCUUUGGAGUCAAUAUGAUCAACAUAACAAAACUGUUAUCGAAUAUGAGGAAAAUCAAGCUGAUGAGGAAGAUGAUAGCAAGCAGAUUGCCAGUACUGCUCAAAUGUGUGAGAAAGAUCUGGAAAAUGACGUUCGGAAUCCUGUUGAAUAUGGUCAUAUUCGACAGAUAUUUAUUUCUAAAAAUCUUGUACUUUGCAACGAAGUCCGGAAAACCUUUUAUGGAAUCCAAAAUGCCAGUUCUUUUGAAUCUGGUCGCACUACAAGGGUUGGUAUUGCCUUACCGUCAAGAUUUCAAGACCUCCAGAAUGUUCACUUUCCCAUCUUUACAACAUCCAGAAAGCUCUUGCUUAUGAUUGAUGCCUCUUUACCCAACCCGUUUUUUCGUCGGGACGAGCAAGGCAAUGUAAAGGCUGAUAUACCUGGCUGGACGAAUGAAAAUGAAUCGCUCGAAUUUCUGGCUUCAAUAGAUGAUGAUUCUGAUAUAGAGUUAGAUGAAAUCAUGAACGAAGAACAAAAUGUUGACGCUGAAAAUAUAGAAGAAGUAAAUAGAAUGAGUGAUGUUCGAAGGGAAGUUACUUAUGAGAUUUUCGUGAAUCUUGUGUGGCCAAAAAUAAAUAAGGGUAUGGACCAUUAUCACCCAUCUCUUAUAUGGAUGGAAAUUAUAUCCUUCAUAAAGGGAUCUUUUGAGGCUCUCUCUGCUAAACAGGGACAUCUCAGUAAGAGUGACUAUUUUGAACAAGGCAAGAAAAAAGCCCCGAACUUUACAGGAGAACGAGAGACAGUUUAUGAAAUAUUUUUGAGAUACAGACAUUAUCUGAACGCUUUCGCCAUUCGGCUCUUCAGUGGAUUUUGA